CUGCAGCAUCCCAGCUGAUGCCCCAACAUUCAGCUCCUGCCAAGAGGAAGAAAAUCAUCCUUUUCAAUUCCAUCACGGAGCGAGGAGUGGGAGGAGUCAGCCGAGUGAGAUAGUGAUGCUCCGAGCAGGUGCCAACAAGUGAGAAGUAGCCCAGAGACUGAGAGCGAAGGAGAUGGAGAAGAGUCUGUGAGAGCACAAGAACCCAGAGCUCCGAGAGACCACAACGAACAACAGCCAGUGUAUUUUCAGUCCUCCUGCUCCAGUUUUUCCUGUCUGUCAUCUCUGCUGCCAUGCUGUGUCCUGUGCUGCUUUGUGCCGCUCUGCUCCUCCUGACACCGAUGGAGAUCACGGAGGCUCGCGCUCUGCACCCUUCUCCUGAUGCUGUGCAGUUUAUGGAGCAGUUUCUGGAACGUUACAAUGACCUUUUGACCCUGGACGACCUGGAGAACCUGUUGAACAGCCAGCCAGAGGAGCAGUCCACCUUCUCCUCGGGGGUCAAAGCGGCCGAGUCCCCCAAAUGGGCUGAAACACAAGCGCAGGCUGAAUCUCCAUGGUUGCGCCUCCUGAAGGGGGCUCUGGCCAAUCAGAAGCGAGCAGAGCCAGACCGGUCACGGAGGGGAUGGAACAGAGGAUGCUUUGGGCUGAAACUGGAUCGGAUCGGGUCCAUGAGUGGACUGGGUUGUUAGUGGAGAGCGAAUAAAGACUGAUGGCAUCCUUCUUAGAAAAUAAUAAGGGCAAAACACUCGCAGAGUAGAUGACAUGCAGCGAAGGAUGUUUACAUGCGCGUACACUGCAUGUAGUAUGGUGUAAACUUGCAGCAUUACUAAUGUGGUUUCAUCCAGCGUAGGUACCAUAGAUCAGACGCUUCAAACUAUUGUGGCUGCUCAAACGGAGCAGCUGUAUUGUAUUCCACGUGUAAGCAUUCAACUGAAUAUUAGAACAUGUGAGCUGUGUUUACAUCAAAUGGUCAUCAAUUGA